ACUCAGUCUUUCAUCUGUGUUAAAGGACAAGCCGAGAAGAGGAAAUUUAUGUGGAGGAGAGGCCAAUCAGUCAGACUUGCACAGCAAGAAGAGGAUCCACUUUCAACAGCAUUAAGAGGAUGUGGUUAGCCGUGGCAUUGAGCAGCCUGCUGCUGCUGGAGGCCGCUGACGCAAACACCGUCCAGCCACAGCGUAUUUAAACCCGGGGUCUCUACCUGCUCAGACACUGUGAGAGAGGCAGGGCGAGAGAGCAGCACUAAACAACCACGCAGGGACCUCCUCCUCAACGCCACACAGACCAGGCACGUAAACACUGGGCAGAGAUGACUUCAGGCAGCGGCAGCAGCAGCAACAGCAACAGCAUUAGCGUCAGCGACGUGUCCAGCUGUCCCACACGAGCAGUCAAUGGGCCCACCACUCCCAGAAGAGGACCACCCAAGUUCAAACAGAGGAUGACCAGGCACUUCAAGAGCAAACCACCCAAGAAGGGAGUUAAAGGAUUUGGAGAUGAAAUCCCUGGAAUGGAGGGUCUCGGAACCGAUUACACCGUGGUGUGUCCCUGGGAGGCCUUCAGCCACCUGGAGCUGCACGAGUUGGCUCAGUACGGCAUCAUCUGACCACCUUACCCUGUUCACUCUGAACCGUUCACCUCCACUCCUUACUGUAGAUCAGCCUCCGACCCUGUCCUCCAGCAGGGACGCUGCUAGUUAUCAUGGCUCUCUGGCUCGCGGUCCUGCCACGUGUGCCUAAACAGGACAGCGAGCUGGUAGCCUGGGUGGAAUGACCCAACAGUCAGUAGUCAGUAGAUUUAAUUCACUAGUAACAGUCCAAGGCAUCAGUCAGUAUGGUUUCAUUUGAUUCAGGUAGCCUGAGUGUUUUAUUUUAACACGCUGCUGCGCUUGGUGAAGUUUACUGGUCUACACAGUAAUGAACUAGAAUACUCGUCGUGUCUGGUGCAACCCUGCAUUUCCGUAUGUGUAGAGAUCGUUUGAUGUCCAUGCUGCCUGCUACCGUAUAUUUCAAAAACAUUCCUGCGUUAAAAUGAGUUGGAAUAGAUGUUUGUAAAGGAUGCUUUCCCUUUUAUUACUGGUGACUGCAUUAGUCUCGAAGAUUUAGCCUUAAUGUGCAACAGCUUCUUAUGUCAGGUCUUCUUGAA